AUGCAUCGAGUGCUUUUAAGAGCACGAAAUUUACAACAUCUGACUGCUAGAAGUCUUAGCGAUGCAACAAAAGCGGAAAAAAUAGUGGAAAUUAGUGAAAAAAGCAAAUAUGCAAUUCGAACUCUGGAUAACUCGGCGCCAAUUGAAAAGCGAUCACUUUCAAGGGGAUUCGCGAUGAAUAAAUUUGAAAAAGAUUUCAUGAUCUACCCCGAGUACGCGGAUUCAGAUGACGUCCGGAACAUUGAAGGUUAUGUAGACGUGCUUCGGAAGUCGUUGGAGCUCUCAAUCGACUCAAAAUCAAUAGAAAAGGAUGGAAAAUUGUCAUCAGAAAUGCUAGAAACCCUUCGAAGUAAUGAAAUUCACUCGUUGGCAAUUCCCAAGGAUUUUGGUGGAAUUGGAAUGAAUAAUAAGGAUAUAUCAAAGGUUUUCGAGGAGUUAUCACUGGAUUGGAACAUCUAUACAAGUGCUCAUCUAGCUUUACAAACUGCAAAUUUGCUCCAAAUUUACGGUUCCGAUGAGCAAAAAUCGAAAUAUUUAAAAGCGAUGGCCGAGGGAAAAGUUCGGCCAGCGGUGGCAAUCGUAAAGGAUACAAAUGGUGGGAAAUUGGAAGAAACUGUUGGUCCGGCUGGGAAAUCAAUGAUUAAUGGAGAGAAUUUGAGGGUUAUCGGACAGCAUAACGCCAAUUUUUAUGUCAUUUUUGCGGAGAACGCCGGCGAGCAAACGUGCUACAUUCUGGACGAAACCGAAAUGGCCACAACCGACAAAAUCAAGUUCCACCGGAACGAGACAAUCGGACUUAAAGGCACAGACAUUGGAAGAAUCGAUAUCACAGCUCUUGUCACUGAUAAAAACGUCCUAGGCACGGCUGGAAAUGGUGCUGAAAUUGCUGCGGAACUAUCUGGAAGCGGCCGAAUGCCUCUGGCGGCAGCUACAGUAGGAAUGGCUCGUCGAUCACUUCGAGAACUUUCGAUAUGGUGUAACCGAACGAAUUCGCGGAGUAUCUCAUCGAGGAACACUGGCUGA